AGUACAAGGGGAGCUGUCUAGAAUUCCCUUAGAACAAUCUUAAUUCGUGAAACCUCGGGAUAAUCGAUCGGUUCUGUUCACUUUGUCUCUAUGGCGGUCUUUCGGAGAGUAUUUGGUUUGAUGGUAUUUUCGGUGUUGAUGAUCGAGGUUGCCAACGCAGCUUGCUCCAAUGGAACGUGCAAGUUCCUCGAUGAAUGCUCGUCGGAUGCAGAUUGUGGAGCAGGACUUUAUUGCUUUUCUUGUCUUGCAAAGUCUAGAUGCGUUAGAUCAACUGCUACCGACCAAUUCAACCUUGUGAACAACUCAUUACCAUUCAACAAGUAUACUUUCUUGACAACCCAUAACUCAUUUGCCAUUGAGGGAGAGCCAUCUCACACUGGAGUUCCUCGAAUCACCUUCAACAAUCAGGAAGACAACGUUACUCAGCAGUUAAACAAUGGAGUUAGAGCGCUGAUGCUGGAUACGUAUGAUUUUGAAGGAGAUGUUUGGUUGUGCCAUUCUUUCAAAGGCCAAUGCCAUGACUAUACCGCCUUUGAACCAGCCAUAGGUACCCUGAGGGAGAUCGAAGCAUUUUUAUCUGCAAAUCCAUCCGAAAUUGUGACCGUGAUAUUAGAGGACUACGUUCAGGCUCCUAGUGGAUUGACCAAGGUGUUUACAGAUGCAGGGCUAAUGAAGUACUGGUUUCCGGUGUCCAAGAUGCCCCAAAAUGGUGCAGACUGGCCGCUUGUCAGCGAUAUGGUAGCUAACAACCAGAGAUUACUGGUUUUCACUUCCGUUCGUUCCAAAGAGCAGAGCGAAGGCAUUGCUUACCAGUGGAAUUACAUGGUUGAAAAUCAGUAUGGGGAUGACGGAAUGAAGGCAGGAGACUGUUUUAAUCGGGCGGAAUCAUCUCCUCUAAAUGACACCACUAAAUCCUUGGUGCUGGCGAAUUACUUCAGAUCAGUGCCUGUAAAGCCAUUAGCAUGCGUACAGAACUCUGGGAACCUAAUCGACAUGCUUCAAACGUGCCAUGCUGCUUCUGCUAAUAGAUGGGCUAACUUCGUUGCUGUUGAUUAUUACAAGAGGAGCAUGGGAGGAGGGACAUUUCAAGCUGUGGACACUUGCAACGGGGAGCUACUUUGCGGAUGCAAUAACGUACAUUCGUGUGUGCCGGGAUCUACAUCAUGUGCUUCUUUAUCAAGAUGAUCCCUACUGCUACCCUACCUGACUCGGACUCGAAGCUAUUGUCUUGCUUGGCUGCAAAUUUCGCCAACACUCCCCUGUAGUAAGCGAAAAAAAUUGUACCAAAUCGAGGAAUUGAUAAAAUCACGAUCUCGUAUUUCCCUAGACUGUGGCUUCGGCUUCAAAUGGUUUGAAUGGAAAUUCAACGGGUUUUGUUUUUUUC